CAUCAGCCGUCUCUCCCUCGGCAUGGCAGAAGAACAGAAACUGUCCACAUCUGACAAGCGUAUGAAAAUCAAUGUUGGUGGAACAAUUUUUGAGACUUAUCUUUCUACGUUAAGAAAAGUAAAGAAUAGCGUGCUCUCCGCUAUGGUAGCCGAACAUUGGCGAAAUGAGGAAGAAAUGUUCGUAGAUAGGGACCCGAAUCUUUUCGUGAAAGUUUUAGAUUACCUGAGAGACGAGAAGAAUUUUGUUCCCCCCUCUGACGAUGAUGUCAGAGAAGCUCUUGGAAGAGAAGCCGAUUUCUAUUAUCUACCUGGCCUUGUUAAAUUGUGCUCGCCCACUAUAUUUUGCGUUGAUGAUGUUGUGAAAUGGAAAGAUAGCGCUAUUGAAUCGUACUGGAAGGCCUUCGCCAUCUACAUUCAUGACCAAGGAGGAUGCAUAGCUUGCUCAGAGCAUUCCCUCCUCUGGAAAAGUGUGAUACCGCCUAUGGACACGCUGAAUUUUGAAUAUUACACACCGUUGAAGCAUCACAUGCGCUUCAUGAAAGGAGUGGUGACAGCCGCUUCGUAUCCUUGCUGUUGCGUGCAGUGGGAUUAUAGACAACAUCUUGAUGCAUUGCACAUUCCACAGUCUGCAUUGCGUUUAGCAGAGUAGUGCCAUUUUUUCAAUUUUACAUAGAUCGAUAAAUUCUACUACAUUUAAACCUUUUGAGUUAUCGGCUUGUCUUUUACUGGUUCUGGACUUGAGUGUAUAAUGUGCUUAGAGCAGUAAAGGAUCAAUCUUUC